GUUUGUUGACUGUUAGAUAGCACACCGGAGUACUGAGAAUUACUGGACCUGUUGACGACUAGAGCGCUUCACUCGAUAACUAGAACACAUCCCACUUAAGUCACCAUGGCGAUGGCAGUGUUACAGUUCUUGUCGUUCAUGUUAGUGAUGGUAGGCCUGACUCUUGCCUGCCAACCACCCGAAGCUAGCGAUUCCCAAUCCCUGGAAGAGAGAGCCAAAGUACCGGAUUAUAUCAUCUACGGUACCGUUAUCUCUGACAAGAUGAAGACUAUAACCAAUAAAUCCAUCGACGUGGAGUACGAGGUGAAGUUGGAGCCGUUAUGCUGGCUCAAACGCGACCACGAGUCAGCUAUCACCGGCGAUGGUGCGGAGACCAACUCCACCAAUCAAGACGACAUGGGACUGCAAAACAUCACCGUGAGGGAGGAGGCGGCGGACUGCGUCAAAAAUGAUCUGAAGAUGGGCAAAGAGUACAUCCUGUUCUUGAAGAAAUAUGAAGGAGGCAUGUACGUGGUGUUCGACGUGAAUGAAGAAUCUGGCGCCAUUGAGGAACCGAGUGAUGGGCAAUUUGAGGCUGUACAUCGUGGCAUCUACGCGAGUAUUCAGGGCCGUCCGGAGGCUGAAUGCAGAGAGGGCGUGGCUAUACCUUGCUUCGUGGGGAAUGAUACCCGCAAUGUGUGCAGUAAGGGCGUGGCACAGGGCGUGGCCGUAUGGGCGUUGGUUUUGCCGGCUGUGAUUGCUCUGGCUGGCUAUUUUUAGAAUUUGAAAGGCAUCCAAUGAUCACAGCAAUCUGAUUGGCUACAGUUCACUUAUCCCUCAACUGAACUUUCUCAAUUAUCACUGCCAUAAAAGAUAACUUGGACAUCGAUGAAUCGUUUGCAACAACAAAACUUGGAUAGCCAUCUUUCACAAUCAUCUCCAAAAAAAAAAACAUACAUUUGGUCCAACCAUCAUUGGAAAGGACAUAUCACCUAUGACAUUUUUGUGAUCAUUGGUUUAUAGUUUUACUUUCGAUGUGUGAAGAAAAUGAUGGCCUUUGUGUGCUUGAUCGUGGAAAGAUUCCACAAAAAUGUCGCCCUUAAACAUAACGGCCAGUUUAAUUAAAGAACGUUUGGCCGCGAGGGCGGCCAAUACGCGCGUUCCUUAGACUUUUAGAGCGAGGCCGGCUGCUUGGUUUGCAUUGCCGGUGUCAUAUGAAAAUCUGACUCCUAUAAAAAUCGGACAAAUUUUCCCUAUUAUUGGUUAAUAUCUUGCACGUGACAGGUCUUUCUCGUAUAUGUGACCCUAAAAAUAGCAUAUGAUUAUCGUACUUACGCAUGGGCAAUACUACCAAUGAAUCCGUAUUGCAUGGAGUCGGAUAUUUACGCUACAUACACCUGCUGGGAUUGGUCAUAAGAUUUUUUUUUCACAUGGGUAUGUGUGUGUGAAUGGCUGUUGCGGGCUGCUUCACAAUGUUCGAGUUUUGUGUCAGUCGAGAGGAUGCACAUUGAAUGAUAGCACAUAAGGGCUUGAAUAGUAACAAUUGUACAUGUAUUUGUAUUUAAUUCAGUGUUUUAAUUGUGAACAGAAUCGAACUUUCAAGAACCUGCUUCGUGUAGCCUAUGGAGAACAUGAUACACAUUCGAGUUGAAGCUACUCUAUUGGCCUAUUGAUAAUAUUAUAAUACCGUUGUUUGUGAUUGCAUGUGGAUUUGGCUCGGCUUGUUUUCGCUUUUU